CCCCAGAGAGCAGUGGCCACGGGAUGGCCACAUACCAAAACAGUCACAUAGCAGGGUUAAGGUCACAUUGCGUCAUUAUUAAUGACCAACAGUUAGAUUAAUCGACUGUCUGCAGCCAUAACCACAACGGGCAAACCCGGUGCCACGCACACUCUAUGAGAACUUCCAAGGUCUCAUUAAAUAGAUGACGAGUUAGGAACAGGAGAAGAUUGAAUGGCCUGAAAACUACACGAAAGGAAAGACUACUAUCUGCCUGUUGAGAGGGCUUGGCACCAGCUACCUGCUUCUGGGAGAUAAAUUAUCCCGAAAACAUUGGCUACUUUUCAAACAGGCUGUUCAGACUACUAUGCUAUCUAUUUUGAAUAAGACAUUUAAGCAUUAGGUUGAAGCGUCUGUCAGAGGGAUACUUUCUUCCCAGGACAUGGGGAAUGGAAUAAACAAGGUGCUGCCUGAUCUCUAUCUGGGAAACUUCAAAGAUGCGCGGGACAAGGAGCUGUUGGCGAAGCACAAUAUCACCCACAUCCUUUCCAUCCAUGACACCGCUGCCCCCAUUCUAGAGGAGAUGAAAUACCUCUGCAUCCCUGCUGCGGAUGCCUCCAAACAAAACCUCUCAAACUGCAGCCCUAGUCCAAGCUUUAUAUCUGUCUUCAGGACCCCGUUUUUUAAGGACAGCAUCAUUUUCAUCCACGAGUCCAGACUCAAAGGGAAAGGCUGCCUGGUCCACUGUGUUGCAGGUGUGUCUCGUAGCGUUACGUUGGUGGUGGUUUACAUCAUGACAGUUACUGGGCGGGGCUGGGUGGAGUCGUUAGCUGCGGUGAGGGUGGUACGGCCGUGUGCUGGACCUAACGUGGGGUUCUUAAGGCAGCUAGAGGACUUUGAGAAUCUAGAGUUGGCACAGUAUAGGGAAUGGUUUAAGGACAGGUAUAAGGAGAACCAUUUUAAUGAUGAAGAGGAGAUCAGAGCCCUUCUGUGGCAGAAGUCUCAGGCCAUCAGUGAGUCCAUAGCAACGGCCACGGCAACGGCGGCUCAGCUAGCCACCAGCAACACAUGACCCCAUGGUCUCCUGCCUGCUCAGCCCACGCCAGACAGCUGUCACUCACCCAAUGCCCAGCCAAUCACCGUUUGACUUCAAUAUAUAUAGGUGGGACUGAGUUUCUUAUUCAGUUCAACCAACUGUAGGUUAGACCAACUGGAAAAUGUUGAUUACAAAAAAAUGUACAGGUACAGGUCAUGAGGGGGAUUUCUCAGUGGUCCCUGUGUGCGACUGGGUUCUUGCUCUCCCUUAACAGUCACAGCAACAUGCAAGAGCAGUCAAUCUGAACGCUCAGGAAAUAUACAUUACAAGCCUACAUUACACACACAGAGAGAGAGUGAGAGAGAGAGAGUAAACCUAUAACUUCUAUAAUCUCCCCCACUCCUGUCCAUACACACUCCCUCCCCCUCUGAGUGUGGCGUGUGUGGGUUUGUGUGUGUGUGUGCUUUGUGUUUAGCCUAUUACAAGGAAUACAUCUCUGUAUAUUCAUAGGCCUAAAAGUUAUGUGAAACGUAGCACUGUAUCUUUGUAGACCGACAGAGAUUUUGAUUGAUUAUUCUUGACCAUGGAUUAUAAAAAAGUACUUAAAAUGUGUCUACUGUUUCCAUGCAUAUAGAGGUGGUUAAACUUAGGCAAUAUCACCAAGCACAGACACAUUUUCAUGUUAUCCCCACUAGGCAAUCUUCUUUAUCACAAUGAUAAUUAGCCUAUGACUUUAGGAAUUAUAAUGAUUACAUAGGUUACUUAUUAAAAAAUUGGUCUCUGA